UGAGAUAAUGAAAUUGAAGCCUCCUCAGUCUGAGCUCUUUUCCCACCCUCACUCUUUCACUCUGCUUUGGAACCCCAUUCACUUUUCUCCUCUUGUUCAUAAUCACAACCAAUAGCCCAGGAAAAAAAUGGCUACAAUCUCAUCCCUACUAUCACCACCCAAUCUCCUUCACCAUCCCACAAAACCCAUCAAAGCCGCACCAAAGCUGUCUCUCCAAAUCCUCAAACCAACCCAAUUUCAGGGCUUUCACAAACUCACUUCCUCUUAUAUGAUUCUGACCCCCCGACAUUCACAAAGAGUCUUUGCUGUUGCCGAAGAAGUCGCAGCCGACCCGUCUUCUAAAGCGGCCAGGAGAGUUUACAUUGGCAACAUUCCCAGGACUGUGGAUAAUGCUGAGCUUACCAAAAUUGUUGAAGAACACGGAGCUGUAGAGAAGGCUGAGGUGAUGUUUGAUAAGUACUCUGGAAGAAGUCGCCGAUUUGCAUUUGUUACAGCAAAGACUGUUGAAGAUGCAAAUUCCAUUGUUGAAAAACUGAAUGGAACUGAGAUUGGAGGACGUGAAAUCAAAGUAAACAUAACCGAGAAACCCCUGCUACAAGCAGACGUAUCACUUCUUCAGGCAGAAGAGUCCCAAUUCAUUGACAGCCCCCAUAAAGUGUAUGUUGGAAAUCUUGGAAAGGAAGUAACUACAGAUACACUCAAAACCCUCUUCUCUGAGAAGGGAAAAGUUCUUAGCGCAAAGGUUUCCCGGGUUCCAGGGACUUCAAAAUCUAGUGGUUUUGGGUUUGUUUCUUUCUCCUCCGAGGAGGAUGUAGAAGCUGCCAUCUCAUCUUUCAACAAUACUUUGUUUGAAGGGCAACGAAUUCGUGUAAACAAGGCAUAGUAAAGCUGGCAGAACACUUGGUUUUGGAGAGUUUGUACUUGUAUCUAUUGUAUCAGAAAUUAGGAUAGGCUAUUUAUGGAACAAAAAUCAGUGUUUUUUUUAGUUUCUACUGGUUUUGAUCUUAAUGAACGAUUUUGUCAAGACCUUGAUGUUUUCUAGCCGUUCCUGGUAGAAGCUGUCUGGAUUUAUAGUUAUCAAAACGUAUGAGAAUGACAUGGCAUGAUUAGUGCA